CCAAAUCCGAAAGUCCUUCCUGGUGUCUGGCUGCAAGCCCUCAUGCUGCACCGGGAGCCCCAGAUAUACCCAGCCCCCAGCCCCAGCAGUUAAUUUGAGUCCGAACACGACCCCCCACCACCACCGUGGUCAGCCCACUCCUCGCUGGCCGGACAAGAGAAGGGGCAGGAGGGGACCCCCUGCCCGAGCUGCCUUCCCUUCCACCCCGGUCCUGCCCCUUCCCUGCAGUCCGCCACCCCCAGCCCUGGCUGCGGGUGUUUGCCGCUUGGACACCCUCCCGUCCGCUACUACCCCUCCUUCCCCACGCCUCAGCCCCCCCGGCCGCCUCCUGGCCUCCUCGGCAGCCUCUCUUUUCCUCCUGGCAGCGCGUCCGGGCCCUGCCUGCCCCUCCCCGGUCGAGGCUCUUCCCUCCCUGCGGCCGCCGCCUCCCUCUCCCGAGCUCGCCCCCUUUCACCCCGUCGCCCCCGGACUCGGUCUGCAAGCAUGAGGGUCUUGGCCUGCCUCCUUGCGGCUCUGAUGGGGAUCCAGGCUGUCGAGCGGCUGCGCCUGGUCUCGGGCCCCCACGGCUGUGCCGGGCGGCUGGAGGUGUGGCACGCGGGGCGCUGGGGGACGGUGUGCGACGACGGCUGGGACCUGCGCGACGCCGCCGUGGCCUGCCGGGAGCUGGGCUGCGGGGGGGCGCUGGCCGCCCCGGGGGGCGCCUUCUUCGGGGAGGGCGAGGGGCCCGUGUGGCUCAGCGAGCUGGCCUGUCGCGGCAGCGAGGCGCGCCUCGGCCUCUGCCGGCACCGCGGCUGGAAGGCGCACGUCUGCUCGCACGAGGAGGACGCGGGCGUCGUCUGCGCAGGGCAGCGUGUGGCCGGUUCCAGGGACGACUCUACCUCCUUCGUGUCCGGGGACCCCUGGCCCGGGCUGUCUGGGGGGCUCGACCUGGCGUCUGAGGCGCCGCCCGAGACUCAUGCCCCCCGGCCAGCUGGGGGACCCCAGAACGGCUUGCGGAAGAAGAGCCCCCGGCCCCCCAAGCAGGCCAAGUCCACCCGGGCCCCGUCGCUGAUGACUGGGGCACCCCGCCACGAGCGUCUGCGCCUGGUCUCAGGCCCCCAUGGCUGCGCCGGGCGGCUGGAGGUGUGGCACAGGGGGCGCUGGGGGACGGUGUGCGACGACGGCUGGGACCUGCGCGACGCUGCAGUGGCUUGCCGGGAGCUGGGCUGUGGGGGGCCACUGGCUGCCCCCGGUGGGGCCCGGUUCGGCUCCGGCUCAGGGCCCGUGUGGAUGGAUGACGUGGGGUGCGGCGGCGGAGAGCAGGCCCUCCGGGACUGUCCCCGAAGCCCCUGGGGUCGGAGCAACUGUGACCACAGCGAGGACGCAGGGCUGGUCUGCACUGGCCCGGCCCCCAGGCUGCGCUUGGCCGACGGUCCCCACGGCUGCGCCGGGCGGCUGGAGGUGUGGCACGCGGGGCGCUGGGGCUCGGUGUGCGACGACGGCUGGGACCUGCGCGACGCCGCCGUGGCCUGCCGGGAGCUGGGCUGCGGGGGGGCGCUGGCCGCCCCGGGGGGCGCCUUCUUCGGGGAGGGGGCCGGCCCCAUCCUCCUGGACGACCUUCGCUGUCGGGGAAACGAGACGGCCUUGCGGUUCUGCCCGGCGCGGCCCUGGGGCCAGCACGACUGUCACCACCGGGAGGAUGCAGGGGCCGUGUGUGAUGGCAUGCCUCUCGGCUAUGUCCCUCCCACGGCCCCCACAGUGGGCAACAACAGCUCGGCCCCCAGGCCGCUGCCCACCGCGGUGACCCUGAGCCCAUGGACAGCUGGCAUCUCGCUGCCUCUGGCCUCUCCCACCACCCCUCUCGAGCCUGGCCCGGAAGCCGGGUCCCCCCAGCUGCGCCUGGUGGCCGGGCCCAGCAGCUGUGCCGGCCGCCUGGAGGUGUGGCACGCCGGACGCUGGGGGACCGUGUGCGACGACAGCUGGGAUGCGCGGGACGCGGCCGUGGUCUGCCGGGAGCUGGGCUGCGGGGGGCCCCGGCAGCCGGACCCCACUGCUGGCCGCUUCGGCUGGGGCGCCGGCCCCAUCUGGCUGGACGACGUGGGCUGCGUGGGGACCGAGGCGUCGCUCUCCGACUGCCCUGCGGCCCCCUGGGGGAAGCACAACUGCGCCCACAACGAGGACGUCGGGGUCACCUGCACAGGGACCCCUGGCCUGGACUCCAUCUCAGAUCCGUUCAGCUGGAGCUGGACCCCUGGACGGGGCAGAGAAGGGGACUCCUGGCUCCCAGGGGAGCUGGCCACCCAGCCCCCCGCAAAGCCGACUCCCAGUGUUCCCGCAAAAACUACCAGGGCCCCAGGGAAAAUGCCCAAGAGUACCAAGAAGUGGGUGACAAAAAGCACAAAGAGACCAACCCCCCAACCCCCUGCGAUGCCAACCACUAAACACUCCAGGGGCCCGGGCACCCAGAGGCCCCCAGAACUGCCCUCGCGGACCACCACGGCCGUGACCACGGAGGCCCCCCGCCGGCCAGCCUCCGAGUCGACUGCAAGGCUCACCACCGAAGCCCCUCACAGACUGACCUCACGCACCCCUGCCACGGCCACUGCCCGGGCUCCCCAGGAGCUGACCUCUAAGAUCCCGGCAACACUGACCUCCACGGCACCCCUGAUGCGAACCCCUCAGGCCUCCCUGGAGCCAUCCACCGAGACCCCAGCAGAGGGGUCUUCGGGGUCAUCCAGAGACUCAGCCCCCUCCCCCACUGGGGCCACAGCUGGGGAAUCGGGCCCCUUCCGGGUGCGCCUGGCAGACGGGCCCAGCCGCUGCGCCGGCCGGCUGGAGGUGUGGCAUGCCGGACGCUGGGGGACCGUGUGUGACGAUGGCUGGGACCUGCGCGACGCCGCCGUGGCCUGCUGGGAGCUGGGCUGCGGGAAGGUGCGGCCCCGGGUGGGCAAAACCCACUACGGCCCUGGGACCGGGCCCAUCUGGCUGGAUGACCUGGGCUGCAAGGGCAGCGAGGCCUCGCUGAGCGAGUGCCCUGCGGGGCCGUGGGGCAAGCACAACUGUGACCAUGAAGAGGACGUGGGGCUCACCUGCACAGGCUACAGAGACGAUGACGACUACCCCCCCUGGACCUGGGACCCCAGCUCGGAAGAGGACCUGGCCAAGGGGAUCACGGCUGCAGGGAUACCCGGGCGCCCUCUCUCCUGGGGCACCACUAGGAGCCCGGGGACCCACUCCCCAACUCCAAGGCACCCUCCAGACACAGGUGACAAGGAUGGCUACGAGCUUUCCUGGACGUGGGACACGCCUCUAGAAAGGGACUUGGCCAAAAGGACACCCACUACAGACACACCUGGACCCACUUUUACCACUGGCACCACCAGGAGCCCAGGCCACCCCUCUGCAGCUCCAUGGGUGCAUGGGGACACAGGGUCCGCGAGGACACCGUGCGCCGAGCGCCGGCUGCGGCCCGCCCCCUCCCCAGCUCCGUCCGCUUCGCCGGGGCGCCCGGCCCCACCGCCGACCUCCGGCUCCGCUCCCCGGCUGACCCCCGAGCCGCAGCUCAUGCCCGACCCAGCUUCCAGGGGGGCGGCGAGCUCCCCGCCUCCCGACCCUGCUUCCCGGAUGCACCCCGACCUCCCCUCGACGGCUGCUGCCCCUACCGUGUCCUCCCCUGACCCCUCUGUGCUCCCAGCGCUGACCUCUGACCUCUCACCCACCUUGCCCAAACAACUGACCUCUGACCUCUCUGCACUGGCUGAGGUGACCGGCCUUUCCCCUACCUCAGAGCUGACCCAGGAAACACACACAACCCCACACCUGGACACAUCUUCAUGCCGCCACACAGCCCCAGAACCUUCCGGAUUCUCAGACCGCUCCACGACCCCUGCCCCCACCACGACCCUUCCCCCCACCCCGACCCUUCCCCCCACCACGACCCCUGCCCCCACCACGACCCUUCCCUCCACCACGACCCCUACCCCCACCACGACCCCUGCCCCCACCACGACCCUUCCCUCCACCACGACCCCUACCCCCACCACGACCCCUGCCCCCACCACGACCCCUACCCCCACCACGACCCUUCCCCCCACCACGACCCCUCCCCCCACCACGACCCCUCCCCCCACCACGACCCCUGCCCCCACCACGACCCUUCCCUCCACCACGACCCCUACCCCCACCACGACCCUUCCCCCCACCACGACCCCUGCCCCCACCACGACCCCUCCCCCCACCACGACCCCUGCCCCCACCAUGACCCCUUCCCCCACCACAACUCCCCUCUUCACCACAACCUUACCCUCCACCACGACCCCUCCCCCUGCCACGACCCCUCCUCCCACCAUGACUUCUCACCCCACCACAAUCCCUGUGAUCACUACUCAGUCCCUUCCCACUUUGUCUGGGACAGAGCUGCUCUCUCCCACUCCAGCACCAACAGUCAAACCCAGCCUGCCCCAGCACUUGACCUCCACCGGGGCCCCUUACCCCUCCGCUUCUCAGCGGCAGAGCCCAGAGCCCUCCCCAGCCUGGGAUUCCAGCCCCUCCAGACCCCCUUCAGUCACAAGCCUGGACUCACUGUCCACUGAGGACUUCAAAGCACCCAGAAGCCAGAGCCCCAAACCAUCCACAGCACCUACCCAGACCCCACACUCCACCUCUGACCCCGCUGGGACCCCUGACCUCCUCCUCUCCCCCACGGCCCACCCCCUGGAUCCACCUCCCCCUGACCACCUCACUGCAGGGCCGACCCCCAGUCAGAGCCCAGUUCCCCUUGGCCCCUGCGUGGCCCCACCACCACCUGUAAGGGUCAUGGCUUGUGAGCCGCCUGCCCUGGUGGAGCUGGUGGCCGCUGUGAGGGAUGUGGGUGCCCAGCUGCAGAGGCUGACCCAGGCCCUGGAGCGGGAGCAGCAGGAGCGCCAGGCCCUGGGGCUGGGGCUGACCCAGCUGGUGCAGGCUGCCCAGGGUUUGGGGCAGCUGGGUGAAGCUGUCAAGAGGGUGGCGGAGGUGGCCUCCUGGGCCCCCAGCACACCCGUGCCGACCACCCCGGAGGAGGAGGAGAAGCCUCUGAGGGGAGACGUGUGACUGCCUUUGGGAUGGGGGCUGGAGACCAACGGGCCCUCCUUCCUACUCCCAACCAAAGAAAGAAAACCAAAAUAGCUAAAUAAAAACCAGAUGUGAAUGACAGUUUCUGGGGCUCUAGGGAAACCCUGGAGAGAAAGACUCACAAGACUGAUCUUGAUUUAUGAAUCCCACAGGCCCUGUGGGCAAGAUGAUGGUGGUGGUGAUGGUGGUGAUGAUGCAGAUAAUGUUGAGAUGAUGGUGAGGAUGGUGAUGGUGCAGAUAAUGUUGAGAGAUGGUGAGGAUGAUGGUGGUGGUGAUGGUGAUGAUGCAGAUAAUAUUGAGAUGAUGGUGAGGAUGAUGGUGAUGAUGGCGAUUACGAUGGUGAUGAUGCAGGUAAUGUUGAGAGAUGGUGAGGAUGGUGAUGGUGGUGAUGGUGAUUAUGCAGAUAAUAUUGAGAUGACGGUGAGGAUGAUGAUGGUGAUGGUGGUGCUGGUGAUGAGAAGGAUUUUGAUGGAUCUGAUGAUGAAGUUGAUGGGAAUGUGUGGUGACGAAGGUGAUGAUGGUGAUGAUACGGUGACGAUGCAGCCCAUGAGGGCAGGGAUCUUUGUCUAGUUCACUGCUGCAUUCCUGGCUUUUAGAAGAGAGCCUGACACAGAGUAUGCGCUCAGUAAAUGUCUUUUGAAUGAACAAGUGCAUAACAAUA